AUGGAAAUGCAGUUACAGGCACUGGCUUCUGAGCUGAAAGCAGGUUUCACUGAAGCAAUGCAGGAGCUCUCAAGGAUCCAGCAUGGAGAGUAUGCUCUGGAGGAGAAGGUUAAGAGUUGCCGCUGCGCCAUGGAGGAGAAAGUGGCUGAGAUGAAAAAUUCUCUGAACACUUUCAAGGAGGAGCUCAGUGAUGCUAAGUCAAUGAUUGACGAAAUCAGCGCCAAGCAAGAGGAAAUGCAACAGAAAAUUGAACAGCUACAGCAAGAGAAACGCAGGGAAUCUCGGAAAGUGAAAACUAAAAGAAUACAGAAGGAUGAACAUGGGUCGCAAACAGUGCCUACCCCCCUGCAAGGCAGUCCAUUCCGAACAAUAAAUCUCCCAGAGCCAGUACUGAUUAGUGAAGAUUUUACAAAUCUCAUGCACAAUGUGACUUAUGAAAAAGGAGUGACUAGUGCAAAUGCUGAGACAGAAGAAAGCCUCAAACCUUCCUUGACAGCUGAGGCUCUUCCAAAGGGUCACCAAGGAUCAACUGUGUGGAAACAGCCCAAGGACACUAAGGAAUGGGGAGAUGAAUACAUUUCCAAGGAGCAGCCAGAGAGAGGGAAGGAAAUGAGCCAAAGCAGAUACAGCUCAGCAGACAGCAUCUUAUGUGAAACUUCCUUUGCUGCCAAAAGACAGAACAUUGCAUUAGAGCUUUUGGAGUCUGAAAGGAAAUAUGUCAUCAACCUGUCCCUGAUCCUGAAGAUCAAAGCCACGUUGCAAGGGCCAGAUGUGAAGAGGAACACAAAAGAGAGAAGUUUCUUCCCCAACUCCUUGCGAUACCUGGUCCAGCAACACAUAGACUUACUCCAUGCACUGCAAGAGAGGGUUCUGAGCUGGCCCCGCCAGGGUGUCCUGGGGGACAUAUUCCUGAAGUUAACAAAUGAUGAGAACAAUUUCUUGGACUACUACGUUGCGUACCUGAGGGACCUCCCCGAAUGCAUCUCGCUGAUCCACGUGGUGAUUCUGAAGGAGGUGGAAGAAGAAAUUAAGUCUGAUCUCUACAUACUCUUCUUUCAUAUAGUCCAGCGUAUCCCUGAAUAUCUUAUUCACUUACAGAACGUCUUGAAGUUCACAGAGCAAGAGCACCCUGAUUACUACCUGCUCCUAGUGUGCGUGCAGCGUCUUCGGGUCUUCAUCUCACACUACAGCCUCCUCUUCCAGUGCAAUGAAGACCUGCUCAUCCAGAAGCGGAAGAAGCUCAAGAAGUCGUCCUUGGUUAAGUUAUACAAAGGUCUGGCUUCCAGCGCUAGCCAGGAAGUAUCUCCGACGCCCAGCGCCACAUCUCUCCGGGACAGCGGGAUCCACUCCGAAGAGGCCAUGCAGCCGUUCCCACCCACCCCCUCGGCGAGCACAACAGCCCCGCAUCUGAUGCCACAGAUGAAGAAGCCCCAGCACACCAUGAUGGAGAACAUCUCAGCUGUAAAGCCCCCCGAGUGGGAAGUGGAAGGCAGAAAACAUGAGAGACCCGAGAAUCUCCUGGCCACCUCACAGUUCACAGAGCAGGAGCUUAAGGCCCUCACUGCCACCCUACAAGCCAUCCCAGAGAUGGAGUACGAAACACCCCCAACUGAGCCCAUGGCAAAUGUUGAACGACCUGCCAGGACCUCUGCUGAGCUGCUGCAGGAGGCCCGCAGCUUCAUGCCAAGCUAUGAGGAGUUUGACUACGGGGGGGAAGUGUUCACUCUGCCAGGGCCCUAUGAAGAUGAGACCUUCCAAAACGUUGCCCUAUUUGAGAACUGCUCCCCAGCCUCCUCUGAGUCCAGCUUGGACAUUUGCUUUCUGAGGCCAGUGAACUUCACAGUGGAACCGGAGAGGACCGAGCACACAGUGCAGCCACUACCCAAGAACUGUGCUCCUGUCAGCAGCAGCACAUACAAGCGUGAAGCAUUUCACAGCAAAGGCAAGCAGCUGAGCAGGUCUCUGAAGGAGCUGCCUCGGAGUGCGGAGGGCGUGAGUACAAGGCUGUACAGUACCAGGAGCAGCAGUGGUAGUCGGCUGCAGCAGAAGCCGGAGAGAAGUGUGCAGCCUCAUGUGAUAACCGCUUCAUCUAGGAGCUCCCAGAGGAGCUACUUCCCCCCACAGAGAGGACCGGGUGAAAAGCAGAGCUUCUUGGAAGAGCUCCAUGCAGAAGACAACACCAGGUUCUGCCAGAAGGAUGACAAUGAACAAACAUCCUUCAGUGACCACAACCCGAGGCACGAGCCCAAAGGGGGCUUCCGGAGCUCCUUCCGCAAGCUCUUCAAAAAGAAAUGAGCGCAAUGAGAGAGGUGGGCAGCCAGCCAGCCAAGUGCUCCAGCCCUGCCUGGGGCUGUGGGGUUGGAGGCAGACAAUGCCCCCUCAGGGUGCAGCUGCCAAGUUAAUGGCUCACACAGUAAAAAGAGUUGGGGGAGGAGGGGGAAGACAUUCAUCUCUGCUCAGUGCAGUGGUGAGGGGUGCUGUAGUGGCAGACAGAGAAAUUGUAGGUUGGUGAUGAUAGGAACACACAAAGCCUUCAUCUGAACCUCAGAGCAAACUUCCCUCCAGGUUUGGGAAGCGUUGGCAAAUACCCACUCCACCCACUGCAGUAGGAGUCACAUUUCUUUGCCCCUCAGCCCCUCCACAUGUCACCUGGGCCCAACACUAAAGUGGACUUGCACAUGAGAGAAGCUGCAUUUAUGAGACCCUCAGCCUGACCAGAAGCCAGACAUACCAAACAUGUCAAAAAAAGAAAAAGAGAAGGAUGUCUCCCUGCAGGGUCCCCUGCCCAGUUGCGCAGGGCAGAGCCAACCCCACAACCACAGGUUGGGCCUUGGCUCUUUUGGCAAAGGCCCCCCAACUGUUUUGGCUGUCCUGGGAAGUUCUGCUGUCACUUUCCUUUUGCCUGUUUCCCUUUGCCUGUUUCAAGCUGUAUGAACAACUGCUCUUGCUGCCACGUGACAGAGUUGAUGCUAGUUCUUGUAGGAUGGUGCCACCUUCUGACCCUCGCUUGGAUCAGGGAGCCACAGUGCUAGGCACUUGUGACAUGAGCAGUCUACCGUCCCCUUUGUGUACUGAGCAGGUGGCUCAAAGCAGAGACUGUUUCUUCAUCUGUGUCUAUACAGCACCUGGUGCAAGGGUGGGGGAGUGGAGUGGGCUGAUCAUGUUGGAGGCCUCUAGGUGCUACUAUAAUGUUUGUUACUAAUAACUAUUACUUUUUGCAUGAAGCCGCCUUGCUGUACCGGGCAUGUGCUAUAGAUUGCUUGGAAUAAUCAGUUAACUCUGAAUGCAUUACAAGCAUUUCUGUUACCACUUUUUUCUUCUGAUUGUAUUGGCAAGGAUUUUUUUUUUUUGCCAUAACAAAGCCACAAUUUUUUUCACCGUGAUAUUGCUGUGAAAACACUCCCGCUUAGUAAUGCUGAUAACAUAGACCAGUAACAUAUAUCCUUUAGUUAAAAAAAAGAAAAGAAAUGGAAGGAAAUUAAAUGCAUCUUUCCUGUACCCUACAUGUUUGGCAGUAAGAGCAGUUGUUUCCAUGGGGCUGCAACACUGGAAGCAGUGUACGUAUUACCUUGGUGUUACUGCAGUGCCUAUGAUACUCACAGAGUGCAUUUACAUGAGAUGUUUACUAUGCAGUUGACUAAUUAACUGUGCAGUAAAUGUCUUGGUGUCUACAUGUGCGGCCCUAUUAGGGCAAAUGAAACUAAUGAACUCCACAGCAGGGAAGGACAUGUAAAAUACAAGUCCUACCCUGCUAUGGAGUUUUUUGUGCACAGCAGUGCACAUGUAG